GGUCCUUUGUAAACGCACAGCCUCUACAGCACUUUGUCAAGAACAUCUGGACUCCCUGUGCCCCCCGUUUUGCAAACUGCUCUUUUGCAAAGAACCAACCUCUUUGUUUUUCAUUUAAACCGGCUUUUCAUUCUUAUUUCAAAAGUUUCGUUUUCCUCAACAAAGAACCUUCUGGAUGUUUUCAUCAGAUUUGAAAUCAGUUUCACUUUCCACUUUCCCUUCCUUUUUCUUCAGGCAAUUAAGCAGGAACAGGAAGUCAGCAUCAGCUGAUGUAUUUAUUCCCAGCCCUGCAGAGAGCGCUUUAGCGCUGUGUUGGGGCAGUGCAGGAAAGGUGCUGGAGAAGGAACCUGCGUGUGGACCCCAGCUCUCCAGAAGAGCCCAGAAGCUGAUUGCCAUCAUGAGUGAGAUCACCAAGGAUUCCCUGAGGAAAAUCCUUCUGCAACUGAAAUGCCAUUUCACAUGGAACUUACUAAUUGAAGAAAGUGACAUACGUGAUCUAGAAGAGCGAGUGUGCAACCAAAUUGAGUUUUUAAACACCGAGUUCAAAGCCACGAUGUACAACCUGUUGGCCUAUGUAAAACACCUGGACGGUCAAAACGAGGCCGCCUUGGAUUGUUUACGACAAGCCGAAGAGUUAAUCCAGCAAGAGCACCCAGAGGAAGCAGACAUCAGAAGUCUGGUCACCUGGGGAAACUACGCCUGGGUCUACUAUCACAUGGGCAGGCUCUCAGAAGUGCAAGCAUGUAUAGACAAAGUGAAACAGAUCUGUGAGAAGUUUUCCAACCCUUACAGUCUUGAGUGUCCUGAACUUGACGGUGAGGAAGGGUGGACAUGGUUAAAGUGUGGAGGAAUGCAUAAUGAAAGGGCAAAGGUCUGCUUUGAGAAAGCGCUGGACAAGAAACCCAAUGAUCCUGAGUUUUCCUCUGGACUGGCAAUUGCCAAGUACCGCCUGGAGGAAAAACCACAGAAGCAGUUCCCUGUGGAUACUUUGAGGCAGGCCAUUGAGCUGAACCCUGACAACCAGUAUGUUAAAGUUCUCUUGGCCCUGAAACUGCAGAAGUUGAGCAGGGAACCUGAAGGGGAGCUACUGGCCAAAGAAGCCGUGGAGAAAGCUCCUCACCAAACAGACGUUCUUCGAAGUGCAGCCAAAUUUUACAGAAACAAGGGUGAUCUAGACAAAGCUAUUGAACUGUUUCUGAGGGCACUGGAACACAUACCAAAUAACAGUUACCUCCAUUACCAAAUUGGAUACUGCUACAAGGAAAAAAUCAAGAAAUUGCAGAAUGCAGAAGAAAGUGUCGCUGGUGAGACGCAAGAAAUGAUUGAAGAACUAAGGGAAUGUGCUAUAGACUAUAUGAGAAAAGCUCUUGGAAAGGGCAUUCAAAAUCCAAAUGUCCACCCCUGUCUCGUGGAGCUGCUGGCACAAAGAGGUCAGUACAGAGAAGCCGAAGAAUGUUGCCGGAUGGCAUGGAAUAAGGAUGCCGAGAAGCAGGAGCUCCAUCAGCACUGUGGCAACGUGCGGGAAGAUCACACGCAGUUUGAAGACGGUGCUGUCCGACAUCCUUUGCAGGGUUUGCAGAUAAGCAAAAAAUCAGCAGAGAAGGAAAAGAUGACAUGCCAACCACAAAAUGUAGCUGAAAGUCAGCUUUCACGAAAUGCACCAAAUUCUUGGUACCAUCAAGGAGUAGCUCACAAGCUGAAGGGCGAGGUGCAGCAAGCCGUGGAAUGCUAUGAGAAGGAACUGGGGCGCCUGCUAAGGAACACCCCUACAGGCAUCAGCAGCUUGUUCCUGCCAGCAUCGGAGCUUGAGGGGGACAGUGAAAAUAUGGACCAGCGUGCAGACAGCUCCACUCCCAGAAAGCCUCCAACCCUUGAGUAGAGACAAAGGCAGGAGAAGGAAAGAGUGUCCGUGAAGAGGACAAGGAGGGAACGCCAUGGGUUCCCACUUGGGACCAUUGAGCAGAGUGACCUUGCUUGUUGAUUUCAUCAAGGUAUAAAUUAGAGUAGCCACACAGUUACCUAGUCAGCAUGUCUCAUAACUAACUACUCAUGGAAGCAGUGCCUGGGGUCUACAUAAAGCUGACUAAUUCUCACUUUGCACCCAGGUCACCAGACAACCUCCAUUUUUGCCCUUUUUGCCAAAGUUCAUAAAUGGUGAUUAUCUACCAACAGAAUCUUCAGUGCACUCUCUCCAUGUCCUUUCUGCCCAGCUCUCUGAGCCUCCUGGCAGACUAGCUUUUGACUAACCCUGCAACAGUCUUUGCUCUGGCCACCACAUUUAUAGGCAUCCCAAACAAGAAUACAUAUGUUUUCUGGAUAAUCAUUCUACAAUAAAUGUAAACUUUCUAAACUCAGAAUAAAGGUCACUGUGUAGUUUG